UUGUCAUUUUACAGGUGUUAUUUUGAAUUAAAAAUUUUAUCGAGCGUGUAGGGCUGUACCCGUGAGCUCAUCUAGAAUUCCGUGGCAACAUGUUCCUUUCAACGCUGAGUGGGUCUGCUGCUCCAGUAUGGGGCCAGCAAGUGCGUGGAAUGGCAACGUUGAAGGAUAUUUCGAUUCGGCUGAAGUCUGUGAAGAAUAUCCAGAAGAUCACACAAUCUAUGAAAAUGGUGUCAGCUGCCAAGUUCGCGCGAGCUGAAAGGGAUUUGAAGCAAGUUCGUCCAUUCGGAGCUGGUUCAAAGGCCUUCUAUGAGAACGUUGCCCCCGAGAAAGACGCCGAACAACCUGCCGAGAAAAGACGCCUCCUCAUUGCCAUUUCCUCCGACCGAGGACUCUGUGGCGCCAUUCACUCUGGUGUUGCUAAGGUGAUCAAGGCUGAAAUUGCGAAGGACCCUUCAGCCAUGGUCGCUUGUGUCGGUGACAAGAGUCGUGGUAUUCUAGCACGAGCUAUCGGAACAAACGUUCUUUUCGCUUGCAACGAAAUUGGUCGACUUCCGCCCACGUUCGGCGAUGCCUCUAAAGUUGCGCAAGCAAUCCUGGCCGCUGGAUACAAUUUCACAGAGGGAACCAUUUACUACAAUUACUUCAGGUCUGUGGUAUCUUAUCAGAUUGCCACCUUGCCGUUGUUCAGCUUGGAGACCAUCACGAACUCCGACAAGUAUCCCGUUUACGACAGUCUUGAUCAGGAAGUCGUGCAGUCCUACCUAGAAUAUUCCCUUGCAUCCCUGCUCUUUUAUGCAAUGAAGGAAGCUGCGUGCUCUGAGCAGUCCUCACGUAUGUCAGCUAUGGACAACGCAAGCAAGAAUGCCGGUGAAAUGAUCGACAAGCUGACGUUGACGUUCAACAGAACUCGACAGGCGGUGAUCACCCGGGAACUGAUUGAAAUCAUUUCCGGUGCUGCUGCCUUGUAAAAGGAUCCAGAAAGUUACGCGGAAGCUGGCGAAAUCCCUGUUGUGCGUGGAAGAGUGUAGAGCGUUGGCAGGAAAAAGAAGGGAAUGUUUUCUUUUCGUCGCAGGGAAGUUCUUUAUUACCAGUUUUUACUGGUUGUGUUAAAGCCGACACUUUUCUGGGAGAGUCUUUUUUCCGGAUCCUCUAGGCUUCUCGUUCGUCGAAUUCUGUUCUUUUUAUCGAGUGGAUUCGUCCAAUGCAGAGCUUUUAGUUUCUGGAAGUGCAAUUUAAUCUCUCGUAUUUGUUCGUUCGAUUUGUUCUCAAGGUGUGAGAAAAUAAAAGUGCAGUAGACAAA